CUGAGCACACUAAAUGCAACCAGCAAAUGGAAAAGUAAUUCAAAUAAUUCGGAAACCGAUGGGCCAACAGACUCUGGAAAUAAUGCAUCAACUACAGUUAGGCCCUUGUGUCCGGCUUCACAUAAUCCUGGACUUAGUGCCAAUGCAAGACAAAUUUCCUUUGGAGAACAGCCCCUUCUAGGAGAUGAAACAGUGAAAGCAACCAAGAAAGUUGACAGUGAGUUGCUGGCCCAGAACAGGGACAUUGCCAUGUUACGGUAUAAAGAGAAAAAGAAAAGUCGCAGAUAUGAUAAGCAUAUCCGCUAUGAGUCCAGGAAGGCAAGAGCAGAUGCCAGGAAGCGAGUAAAGGGUCGUUUUGUGAAGUCUACUGAUGCUGUGGAUGUUGGAAAUGGUGCUUAGAUGGGUCUCUGAUGGAGCCAACUUUGUAUAUCACUUGUUUUUGUGUCUUUGUAUGUCUUCCAUGAAUUUGUUUAGAGACUAAACAAUUUCUUAUUGCUUAAGGGCUAUUUGUUGUGAUGCAGAUUCAUCUUUUUCAUUCAUUUGUCCUUGGGGAAGUAACUGAGCUUGGUUGAACUGCUGGGUGAAUGUGAUUUUGCAAUCACAAAACACUGGUUAAAGAUGGGAGCAUGUCUUCUCAUUAAACCCACAGUUCAACAAAUAUUUUAAUUCUUGAUCAGCAGGCUCUGAUUUAUGGGUAACCAAAAUUGCUCCUUGGUUUUGAAUGUUUUUUCCUUUUUUCAGAAUCAAUACUA